AUGGCUCCCAGUAUGUUUGCCAGGCAGAGCUCAGAGAUCGACUGGUGUGAAGCAAACUACUUGCACUCAGAAUAUAUUGCUGAGUAUUACAAUACGGUCAGUAAUGUAGUCUUCUUUUUGGUUGGCCCACUAAUGAUGUACCUGCUGCACCCGUAUGCCCGUAGUCGCUCAUUGGUCGUACAUCUUGUCUGGCUCAUGUUCAUUGUUGUUGGUCUCUUCUCUACAUACUACCAUAUGACCCUCAGUUACUUUGGCCAGCUGCUUGAUGAGCUUUCCAUCCUGUGGGUUAUUGCUAUUGGCUAUUCUGUUUGGUUCCCCCGGCCAUACUUUCCAGUCUUCAUAAAGGACAGGAAUCAGUUUGGAGCAGCCAUCUUUUUUGUGGCUGCAAUCUGCACGGGGAUGUCAUUUGUGAUGCCUACAAUCAAUGCUUACGCACUAAACUGUAUCAGCUUCCAUAUAUUGUACAUAGUGGUGAAGGAGAUUAGAAAGUGUGAGAAUAAGGACAUACAUCAUUUGGCCCUCUUGUCAUUCUCCUUGUGGUUUGUGGCCAUUACCUGCUGGCUCAGUGAUCGCUUAUUCUGUGGCUUCUGGAAAAGAAUUAACUUCUGUUAUCUGCACAGCAUCUGGCACAUCAUGAUUUGUGUCACCGUAGUAUACAGUAACACGCUCUUCUCCUAUUUCGAUGCGCAGUAUGAGAUUCCAGAGUGUCAUCCGCAAGUUCGAUACUGGCCUUUGAAGUCUCUUCGUAUUGGUAUCCCAUACUUGGAUAUAACUAAGAACAAUGUACCCAAAAAACGCUGCUAG